GGCUUUUCGGUAUUUAGACUUUUCAUUUAAUAUGGCGGCGCCCACAAACUGAUUGAGCUCUGAGAUUUCCUACACCUUAAUGCAAAGAAAAUGGUUUCUCUGAUCGAAACAUGGGUAAAUGAUAAACUCCACGAUAUUCUUGGUAUAUCUGACAAGUUUAUAUCUCAAUUCCUCUUGGGUUUGGCAAAGAAGGCAGCAAACCCUGACGAUUUUGUGAACAAACUGAGAGAAACAGGCACAGUAGACAUUGACGUUAAUAUGGUUAAUUUUGCGCACGAACUUUGGACAAAGUUGCCAAGAAAAGAGGUAGCAGAGAAGAGUUCUCGUAUCCAAGAGAGACAAGCCUUGGAAAUGCAGAAGAGAAAUAAAAGUUACCAGCUAUUGGAUAGUGACAGUGAGGAGGACUCAUACAUAGCCCCUUCAAAGAAAUCAAAAUUAGAUAAGAAGAAACAAUACAGAAAAAAACAAGAAUCUUCAUCCUCUAGUAGUAAUGAGGAAGACAAUCUAGAUAGAGACGAUGACAGAGAUGAAACUGAUGAUGAUUCAGAGGAAGAAAUGGAGAAGGAACGCCUCAAGGAUUUAGAUGAGAGAGACAAGUUUGCCAAUCGUUUGAAAGAGAAGGAUAAAGAGAAACAAAGAUCCAUCAUGUCUAAAUCAGAGAAAAAGGCUUAUGAAGAAGCCAGGAAGAGGCUUGAGAUGGAGGCAGAAGAUAGGAAGAAGAUCAUUCCUGAGUUAAGGAAGAAGUCUAGAAGGACUUAUCUGGCAAAGAGGAAUGUAGACAAGCUAGAGGACCUGGAAGCAGAACUGAUGGAUGAGGAGUACUUAUUUGGAGACACAAAACUUACAGAAAGAGAAAAAAGAGAAAGAGAAUAUAAGAAGACAGUCCUAUCAUUAGCUAAAGAUCACCACAAAGCUCGUGAGAUAGAGAAGGUGAAUCGGUAUUAUAUGCCAAAAGAUGACGUAAAGCCGUCCGAUAAAUAUGAGGAAGAUCUUACAGAGAAGGGCCCCAAUUAUGAACAGAAACGCUGGGAAGAGGAGCAUGUAGGAGCAGCUAUUAUGAAGUUUGGGGCAAAAGAUGCCAAGGCCAAAAGCAAACAAAAGGAAUAUGACUUUAUUAUGGAUGAGGAAAUUGAGUUUGUGCAAGUGUUACAAAUGCCAGGGACUAGAAAAGAUCAGGAUGAGGAACUUACAGAUGCCCAAAGAAAGAAAAUGACUAUAGAGGAAACCCAGAAGAGUUUGCCUGUUUAUCCUUUCAAACAAGACUUGAUUGAUGCCAUACAUGAACACCAAGUCCUCAUCAUAGAAGGGGAGACUGGAUCAGGCAAAACGACACAGAUACCCCAGUAUCUGCAUCAAGCAGGGUUUACAAAAAAUGGCAUGAAAAUUGGAUGUACCCAACCACGUCGUGUGGCUGCCAUGUCUGUAGCAGCAAGAGUAGCAGAAGAGAUGGGCUUCAAACUUGGUAAUGAGGUAGGCUACAGCAUCCGAUUUGAAGACUGUACGUCGGAGAGGACCAUGAUUAAGUACAUGACAGAUGGUAUGCUUCUUCGUGAGUUUUUGGGAGAACCAGAUCUGGCAAGUUACAGUGUAAUGAUAAUUGAUGAGGCACAUGAAAGGACCCUUCACACAGAUGUAUUGUUUGGUUUGGUCAAAGACAUUGCCAGAUUUAGACCAGAUUUAAAGCUCCUCAUUUCCAGUGCCACUCUGGAUGCAGAAAAAUUUUCAGAGUUCUUUGAUGAUGCCCCGAUUUUCCGUAUCCCCGGCAGAAGAUUUCCAGUAGAUAUCUACUACACCAAGGCUCCAGAGGCGGACUACUUGGAUGCUGCUGUUGUAUCUGUGUUACAAAUCCAUGUCACACAACCCACAGGGGACAUCCUAGUAUUCCUAACCGGCCAGGAGGAGAUCGAGACAGCUAAUGAAAUGCUGCAGGAAAGAACCAAGAAGCUGGGAAGUAAAAUAAAGGAAUUAAUCAUUCUUCCUAUUUAUGCCAACCUUCCGUCUGACAUGCAAGCCAAGAUAUUCGAACCUACUCCUCCAGGUGGAAGAAAGGUAGUUUUGGCCACAAACAUUGCUGAGACUUCUCUCACAAUAGAUGGAAUAAAGUAUGUGAUUGAUCCAGGGUUUUGCAAACAGAAUAGCUAUAAUGCCAGAACAGGAAUGGAAUCACUGAUAGUUACCCCAAUAUCCAAGGCCUCAUCUAAUCAAAGAGCAGGAAGAGCUGGUCGAGUUUCAGCAGGGAAGUGCUUCAGGUUAUACACAGCCUGGGCAUACAAACAUGAAUUAGAGGACAAUACUGUGCCAGAAAUUCAGAGGACUAACCUGGGAAAUGUUGUGUUACUACUGAAGAGUUUGGGGAUCAAUGACUUAAUUCACUUUGAUUUCAUGGAUCCCCCUCCACACGAGACUUUGGUGUUAGCACUGGAGCAGUUGUAUGCACUUGGUGCCCUGAACCAUCGAGGGGAAUUGACUAAACUAGGAAGAAAGAUGGCAGAAUAUCCUGUUGAUCCCAUGUUGUCUAAAUGUAUUUUAGCCUCAGAGCAAUACAAGUGUUCAAAAGAAAUCUUGACUAUUUGUGCCAUGUUAUCUGUGAACAAUGCUGUGUUUUAUCGACCCAAAGACAAAGUGGUACAUGCAGACACAGCUAGGGUUAACUUCUUUCGCCCAGGGGGUGAUCACUUGACUUUGUUAAAUGUGUAUGAUCAGUGGGAAGAGACCGCUUUCUCUACUCAGUGGUGUUAUGAAAACUUUAUUCAGCAUCGCUCUAUGAAAAGGGCCAGAGACAUCAGGGACCAACUGGAAGGACUCAUGGAAAGAGUAGAAAUAGAGGUCACUUCCAAUCCGGGGGAUUCAGUGGCCAUUAGAAAGGCCAUAACAGCAGGAUAUUUUUACCACACUGCUCGAUUAGACAAGGGAGGUAAUUAUAAGACUGUCAAACAUCACCAGACAGUAAUGGUUCACCCCAACAGUAGUAUGUAUGAAGAUCGUCCAAAGUGGCUCAUCUAUCAUGAACUAGUGUUUACAACCAAAGAAUUCAUGAGACAGGUGAUUGAAAUUGAGAAUUCUUGGUUACUGGAGGUUGCACCUCACUAUUACAAGCAGAAAGAAUUGGAGGACACAUCAAAGAGGAAAAUGCCGAAAGGGGCAGGAAAAUCUAGGGAGGAGAUGACCAGAACCUACUGAAAACUAAAAUACCUGUAGCACUGAUGACUGAUGCCAAAAUUCUGAAAAUUUACAUAUUGUAAAUACUGUACAUACUAUUAUUUAGAGAGAGAGAGAGAGAGAGAGUGAGCACUUAUAUUUCUGUUUAAAAUGAAGAGAGAAUAUUUGCAGAAAAAACAGAAUUUCUUUUUUAGCUCACCUGAGCUGAAAACUCGAGUGAGCUUUUCUGAUCACCUGCUGUCCUUCCGUCUGUCUGUCAAGUUGUCUGUCCAUCUGUAAACUUUUCACAUUUUCAACUUCUUCUUAAGAACCACUUGGCCAAUUUUAACAAUACUUGCAUUGGUACAAAACUUCCUUGCAUGAAGAGGAGUUUAAAUUGUUAAAAUGAAGGACCAAGCCUUUUUCCAAGGUGAGAUAAUCAAGAAAAGACAAAAAUAGAGUGGGGUCAUUAAAAAAUCUUCUCAAGAACCACUGGGCCAGAAAAUCUGAACCAUAUGUGAAAGCAUCCUGGGGUAGUGAAGAUUCUAAAUUGUUCAAAUCAUGACCCCUUGUGGUAGGGCAGAGCCACAAUAGGGAAUUCAGUUUUUACAUUGAAAUGUAUAGGAAAAAAUAUUUAAAAAUCUUCUUCUCAAGAACCACUGGGCCAUCUUCGCUAGCCAAGGGUUUCCGAUCCGAAAUCUAUUCUACAACCCUUGGCAGAUUUAGCUGAAAAUUUUAGAACUCGCGCAAACGAAUUUGAUUGGCUGCGAAGUCCGAGUCUACGCAAGGUUUUUACUAAUCGACGAUUUUCGGCUGAAUUAAAGUAUGUUCGUGUUUUAUGCAAAAUAAGAGUAAUAUUUACAAGGGAUGAAAGUUAGGACGUGAUAUAUGCUUAAAAAACAAGGGAUUAAUUAAUUUGAAUUUUUUUCUUUUAAUUAUAUAUGUUUUCAAGAAUUAUUGAAAGGACCACAUAAGUCCGUGUUCCGCAUUUUAGGUGCAUCAAUUUAAGCCAAUCAAAUGUCACGGCUCAUUGAUAAUAAUUGAUACCGCAACAAGUAGAAAGUGGGGUCAAACUCUUGACUAAAAAUCCACGACGAACAAUAUUUUCUACCACUUUUGAGGUGUGUCUACUGCCCACAGCUGUGUGAAGUUGUUUGGAUAUAUUCCACAUCAAAUUGCAUGGAGGUCGCCAUAUUGUUUAAACGUCAUAUUGAUCUACGUAUGUUACAGCUAUUUUCAUUGGACAGAUAUUAAAGAGCUUCAAGGGACUUAACUCAUUUACGGCGAUAGGCGGCGCAAUCAAAGUUCCCGUUUGAUAGGUCUAAAUCUGCCAAGGGUUGUAGAGUAGAUUUCGGAUCGGAAACCCUUGGCUAGCGAAGAUGCCACUGGGCAUGAAAAGGUGAAACAUAUGUGGAAGCAUCCUGGGGUAGUGUAUGUUCUAAGUUAGCCAAAUCAUGACCCUGGGGUAGGGCAGGGUCACAAUGGGCAUUACACUGGGGGAAUUCUGGUAAAGAACAGCAUGGCCAUAGUUACUCAGGUGAGCAAUGUGGCCCAUGGGCCUCUUGUUUUUGCAAACAACUGAGAAAAGGUCUAUUAAACUUAUUUAUGACUAUGAGAGAGAGAGAGAAAGAGAGGGAGAGUAAGGAAACAUUUACUUAAGGAAUCACUACCUAAUUUGUUGGGUAUAUACCAGGACAUCAACUAUGGCAACUUGGGAUCAUUUGCAUAUUGGGCAAAGCAUAAAUUAUUUCACAUUUCCAAUUGUCGUUGAUUUUCCUAGCAUAGCUAACAAACUAGACAUUGAUUCCUUAUACAUGUAUUAACAUUUAUAUGUGAAAUAAAAUUGUAAAUAUGAGUUUUUGAUUCAUCAAUAUAUUUACAAAAUAAACAUUUGUAAUUUUA